GUAAAAUAAAUAAUAUGAUAUAAAAUAAUUGUGUACGUUGUAUUACGAAGUUGAUUCAGGUUAUGUUAUGAACAUUAAGUAAUUAAUAAAAAGUAACAUGGAGAAUCAAAACGGCGCAACAGUUAAAAGUAAUAAUCCUGCUCCAACAGUGGAGCAGAUUAAUGCUGAUCGAAUAACUCAGCUUGCAAACAAGUAUUGGGCACCACAUACUAUGGAUUCACAUCUUCCAUUCAAUUCACAAAUAGUAGAAGAUAUUUAUAUUCAAGAAAUAUGUGCAUCUAAAUUUUCUAUUCGAAGAAUCAUGAUGUUAGAAUUUAGUCAAUACUUAGAAAAUUUUCUAUGGCCAAAUUAUAAUUCAAAAAUUGCAACUCGUGCUCAUACUAUGUCCAUUGUUGUCAUGGUUAAUGAAAAGUUUAGAGAACGUGUUCAGGUUUGGGAGGCAUUUGAGAAGAAUCCAAAACAUUUUCCAGAGUUUUUCCAAAAAGUUUUAGAAGCAUGUCUUGAAGAGAGUAUAAUGGAUUUUGAUUUAAAAGAACAAACAGCAUUAAUUGUUUUUUUAAAUCAUUGUUUUAAUUCAAUGGAAGUGUCAUUAGUUCGAGAAGAAGUAAAAAGACUUGUUUCAUUAUCUAUGUGGAUUUCACUGCAGCAAGGCCGUAGAGAAUUGGAAUUUAGAAAAUAUCCAAAGUGGAGAAAGUACUGGAAAGUUAUAAGGAAAAAAGACAAUCCUGAGUGUAAAGAGAAAUUAGAAUGGGAACGUAAAUUUUUGCACAGAUUGAUGAUAAAAUUUAUGACAAUAUUGGAAACAAUUUCAGAAGAAGGUCCACUUUUACCAGAUAAAGUGAGAUAUUGUGAAAGAUUUCUGGAACUAGUAAUAGAUUUAGAAGCUUUAUUACCGACAAGACGUUUUUUUAACACUGUUAUGGAUGAUUGUCACUUGGUAGUGAGAUGUCAGUUAUCUAAUUUAUUACAUCGUCCUGAAGGUGGAUUAUUUGGUCAGCUGUUAGAGAUGUUGAAAUUCUACGCCAGAUUCGAGAUCAACGAGGAAAGUGGUGAUCCCCUCACUGAUCACGAUAUGACACAAUUACAUUACACGAAGAUUACUUCGCUUCAGAAAGCGGUAUUCGCGAAGUUCUUGGACUUACGAAGUUUUGCGUUAGCAAAUGUGGCGAGCGUCGACACGAGGGAGGCACUUUAUAAACAUUUCGGUUUGCUCAGUCAAGAAAAGUUAAGAUCAAUCGGGAGCUAUCUGAAUCUGGUACCGUCGGAGGAACGUGAAAAGGAAGAAAACUGGUAUCGAUAUGACAUAGAUUUUCUUCGAGAACUUUUAAUUUCACGUCACGAACGUAGAGCUUCCCAGUUGGAGGAACUCAACGAAAUGCCUCUUUAUCCGACAGAAGAAAUUAUUUGGAAUGAAAGCAUCGUACCAACGGAAUAUUUUUCUGGCGAAGGUUGUUUGGCUCUACCGAAGUUAAACUUGCAAUUUCUUACGCUGCACGAUUACUUAUUAAGAAACUUCAAUCUCUUCCGGCUUGAAUCUACCUAUGAAAUACGUCAGGAUAUUGAAGAUGCUGUAAGCAGAUUGAGCCCUUGGCGCGCUGAAGAUGGUGGUGUUUACUUUGGUGGUUGGGCCAGAAUGGCUCAGCCAAUUACACAAUUUGCUGUGGUUGAAGUAGCAAAGCCAAAUAUUGGCGAGAAAAGACCAUCCAGAGUACGUGCUGAUGUCACGAUAAAUUUGAGUGUUCGUAAAGAGAUUAAAUCUGAAUGGGAAAAUCUCCGAAAACACGAUGUCUGCUUUCUUAUUACGGUUAAGCCUCAAAAUCCAAUUGGUACGAAAUAUAGUCAUAAACUACCUUUUGUCCCACAAGUUGGACUAACAACCGUUCGAGGUUGCGAAGUUGAAGGUAUGCUAGAUUCAAAUGGUAGAGUAAUCGAAGAUGGUCCUGAACCGCGACCAAUUUUACCUGGAGAUACUCGAACAUACAGAGUUUGGCUAGAUUGCAAUCAAUAUAGAAUCGAUAUGGACAACGCUAGUCACGGUGGCGAGGAUGUAUAUGAAAGCUUUAAUAUUAUAAUGAGACGUAAACCGAAAGAGAAUAACUUCAAAGCAGUUUUGGAAACGAUAAGGGAGCUUAUGAAUACAGAAUGCGUUGUUCCCGAUUGGCUUCACGAUAUAAUUCUUGGAUAUGGUGAUCCUGGCGCGGCUCGGUAUUCUAGAAUGUCAAAUGAGAUUGCAACGAUGGAUUUUAACGACACAUUUCUUGACAUAAAUCACUUGAAAUCUAGUUUUCCGCAGUAUGAGAUUAAAAUUCCUACUAAUGAUGAAUCGAAAUUAGUACGACCUUUUCGCCUAACGUUUAAAGAUGUACUUGCAAAACAUAAUAAUGAACCAGUAAGGAAAAUUAUCAGAGUCGAACCUCACGUGCCACCUAGUAGAGGUCCCUACAAAGCUAACGAACCGAAGAAAAAUCAGAUUCCUUUUACGCCAACACAGGUCGAAGCAAUUCGUGCUGGUAUGCAACCAGGAUUGACUCUUGUUGUGGGUCCACCUGGUACAGGAAAAACAGAUGUUGCUGUUCAAAUUAUUUCAAAUCUUUAUCAUAAUUUUCCCAAUCAAAGAACACUUAUAGUUACACAUUCUAAUCAGGCUCUCAAUCAACUUUUUGAGAAAAUUAUGGCACUUGAUAUCGACGAAAGACAUUUAUUGCGUCUUGGUCAUGGAGAGGAAGCAUUAGAAACUGAAAAAGAUUUUAGCAGAUACGGUAGGGUUAAUUAUGUUUUAGCUAAACGUUUGGAUCUUUUAAUGGAAGUUCAAAGAUUACAGGAAUCUUUAAAUGUAAAAGGUGAUGUAGCCUAUACAUGUGAAACAGCAGGACACUUUUUUAUGUAUCAAAUACUGACAAGAUGGGAACGUUUUGAAACCAGAAUUAAACAAAGGCAAGGGAUAGGAAACAAUUCACUUCCUGCUUUUAUCAUUGAUGAAGAAUUUCCAUUUCACAAAUUCUUUGAUAAUGCACCAAAACCAUUAUUUAAGCGGAAUAAUUUUGAAGAAGAUCUUGAAAUAGCACGCAGUUGUUUCCGAUAUAUAGAGCGGAUCUUUGCUCAGUUAGAGGAAUUUAGAGCUUUUGAAUUAUUACGAUCCGGCUUAGACCGAUCAAAAUAUUUGUUAGUUAAAGAAGCAAAGGUUAUCGCUAUGACUUGUACUCAUGCUGCUCUUAAGAGACGUGAACUUGUAGACAUGGGAUUUAAAUACGACAAUAUUCUUAUGGAAGAAUCUGCACAAAUCUUAGAAAUUGAAACUUUUAUACCAUUACUAUUACAGAAUCCACAAGAUGGAUAUAAUCGAUUGAAACGUUGGAUAAUGAUAGGAGAUCAUCAUCAAUUGCCGCCAGUAAUUAAAAAUAUGGCUUUUCAAAAAUAUUCAAAUAUGGAACAAUCUCUUUUUGCGAGAUUUGUUCGAUUGGGUGUACCCACGGUAGACCUUGAUGGACAAGGUCGUGCAAGACCUAGCAUCUGCAAUCUAUAUAAUUGGCGUUACAAAAAAUUGGGUAAUCUUGCUCACGUGGAAAAUAGUCCAGAGUACCUGGUAGCAAAUGCUGGAUUCUUAUAUGACUUUCAACUCAUCAAUGUCGAAGAUUUUAACGGAGUUGGAGAAAGCGAACCCAGUGCUUACUUCUAUCAAAAUCUUGCAGAAGCUGAGUAUUGCGUGGCUGUAUUUAUGUAUAUGCGUCUUCUUGGUUAUCCAGCUGACAAAAUUAGUAUAUUAACCACAUAUAAUGGGCAAAAACAUUUAAUAAGGGACGUAAUAAAUAUAAGAUGCGCAAGUAAUCCUUUAAUAGGUCGGCCAAAUAAAGUAACAACAGUUGAUAAAUAUCAGGGUCAACAAAAUGAUUACAUAUUACUGUCUCUCGUAAAAACCCGUGCUGUAGGUCACUUACGAGAUGCACGGCGAUUAGUGGUUGCCAUGUCAAGAGCACGUCUUGGUCUUUACGUUUUUGCUAGAGUCUCCCUUUUUAAGAACUGCUUUGAGUUAACACCUGCAUUUGCUCAGUUAAUGCAAAGACCAUUGAAGCUGCAGCUUCUCCCUCAAGAACAUUAUCCUACAGAAAGACUUAACGAUGUUAUUCUAACUACUCCACCAAUGGAAAUUGAAGACAUGCCACAUAUGGCUAAAUUUGUCUAUGAUUAUUAUAUAGAAAAAGUUAGCGGUAUGAAGGAGUCACAAAAGGUAUGGCAAAAACCAGGUAUGGUACAAACACCUAAUAGUCCAUCUCAUAAAGUUCCUGCUCAUCCUGGAGCAGAUGAUGAUACAGAUGAUGAAGAACUUAAUCAAAUGGAUGACGAACAGGAAGGUAUCAAACAAGAAAAAGAAGAACCCAAAUUAGAACUGAUCAAAAAUUUAAUUGAAGAUCCAACUUCGGAAACUGAAGAUAAUGAUCGUUAAAGACAAACUCAUACAUCAAUAAAG